AUGGCGACUAAGGUUACCGACUCAACAGGUGCAUUGAAAGUGGUAGUUAUUGGAACAGGGCAAAUGGGACGCAGCCACUUGUUGGCAUACCAUCGCCAUCCCGGAUACCAGGUCGUCGGCCUUGUGACGAAAGAUCCCCCAAACUUCCGUCCAGAACUUCGUCACUACGAAGACAUGACCUUGCCAGACGUGGAUUCAGCUCUCGCAUUACACCCGGAUGUCGUGUCCAUCAACACUUACCCGGACACGCACGCCGAUUAUGCCAUCGCUGCCAUGACGGCGGGUGCUCAUGUAUUUGUUGAAAAGCCUCUUGCUACAACAGUCGAAAGAGCUCGCCAAGUUGUCGAAACGGCAAAGAAAACAAACAGGAAAUUAGUUGUAGGAUACAUUCUACGCCAUCAUCCUAGCUGGACUCAAUUCAUUUCCCGCGCCCGCGACCUUGGUCCACCGUUCGUCAUGCGGAUGAACAUAAACCAACGAUCAUCUGGCGACGCAUGGGAGACUCACAAACGCAUUAUGAAGACGACAAGUCCUCUCGUUGACUGCGGCGUGCAUUACGUCGAUGUCAUGCUACAAAUUACAAAUAGCCGGCCCGUGCAAGUCAGAGGUAUUGGGGCAAGAGUAAGUGACGAGAUCGAUGCAGACCAGGUGAACUAUGCCCACCUGCAGCUGGUGUUUGAAGAUGGUUCUGCGGGUUGGUACGAGUCUGGCUGGGGACCGAUGGUAUCAGAGACGGGGAAUUUUAUUCGCGAUGUUUUUAGUCCAAAUGGGUCUGUAUCAAUUGUCGACAAUGCGACACAGGGAAAGUCCGCCGAUAUUGGAUCGCAUAUGAAGACGGCAAAUAUUUUGCUUCACAAAGUCGGUGCAGAGCCUGAGAUGUUGUCUAUGGAUGGAGAACCGGAUCAUGAUGCGUUGUGUGCCUUGGAACAAGAGUACCUAUACCAGGCCAUCCGAGAAGACAGAGAUCUGACUCAGGAAAUGGAUCAUGCAGUUUCGUCUCUUGAGAUAGUCAUUGCUGCUGAUGCUUCCAUGAAGGAAAACCGGGCAAUUGACCUAUGA